CACUUGACGAACUUGGAUACUCAUACUAUGAGAUACUUUUUAUGUUAUUAGAUCAGGUUCUGAAAGUCGACGACUUGCAGACAUUUUUACCUAUAUUUUCAUAUUUAGAAGAGUCAUCGCCCCUUGAAUCUAUUUUGGAAAGUAAUAUCGGGGAUGAGGACUUAACUGCAGUUUCUGACGAGAUCUCAAGCGAACAAGCUGCUAAUUACGUCAAAUAUAUGAAAGGAAAACUACAAGUUGCCAAGGACAUGGUAUGGAAGAACCUAACAAAAAAUGAGAGGAGGCCAACAGUAGAUGUCAAUGAGAUCUCUGAACAACCAGUUGAUGGCGCGUUUGGUCUUGUCCAACAUUUGCAAGAAAAUCUACAAUCUGUUCAUGACGAAAUGAAGAAACGUGGAAUUAAUAGGCAGAAAGUUCUCCAGAUGGCUGUUAAGGCCGAAUGUGUAGCCAGUCUUUUCCAUACGCGACUUGAGCGAUUGGGUAGCUCGAGAAGUAGCAAGAGAAAGAGAAGAGGGGAUGAGAGAUGCCGCAAACGAAAUUGAAAAUCUGCAAAAGAGAAAGGUCAAGGUGAGUUACUAUUGCCAAGGCUGAUGAUUGUGUGGAAAGCAAUUUCCUUGAUAACGGUUUGUUUACUACUUGAUUACCUGAUGAAGAAAACAACCAAGAAAGAGAAGCUUAAGAAAAACGCGUUUGCGAGAAUGCUACAGAAAGAUAACCAUCAUUCCGGGUGUCGGCUGAAACAGAAUUCAAGAAGAAGAGAACCAUCAAUGCUGGUGCUUCUCCCAUUUUGCACCAGUUUGGAGGGAUGUGGUAACAAGGAAGAGGUGGAUCCUGACAAUGUUAAAGACAUUCCAAAGGAAUUGUCAAUGCUUAGCACAAGCAGCUGCUCUCGACCUUCUUUCUCUCCUGUCUCAAAUAUAUUCUUCUGCUUGCACCUAUUUGGAUAGUAAACUGUGAAACUAGGUCGGUUUUUAUCCAGGUCCCUUGUGCAUGACGUAAACAAAUGUGUGCUUGCAGGUGGUUUAUGGAAUUGCAGAAUCAUUAGUGUGACAUUUAGUCUUACUUUAUUUUGAAAAAAAAAAUAAUUUCCUAUUUUCAGAAAAAAAAAAUGAAUUAUUUUGAAAA